AUGAACGAAUUAUUAAUUACGGCUUUGUUAUCUGCAGCUUCUGGACAAGUUUUCGAAGAAGUUACUCCUAAGAUUAUUAUCAAAACACCUAUUUUUAUUAAGGUAAUGUGUGAAAUUUACAUAGAUACUGAAUCUGCUUCGAAUAUCUUCAUUCUUGUACAGAAUAUGUGUAAAUUUUCACGUGAUAAUGCUAAGUUAUGCCAUAAAAUUGGCAUCGAUAUGCUCUUAUUGUCAUUUAUUAAUAAGAAAAAAUUUGAUAAAUAUUUACCAAAGUCGUAUGUACCUGCUCUUGAGUUAUUAUCAUGUAUUGCGACUGUUUCAUCAUCAACGCCGGUUGUAAGUAGCUUUAUUUCCUUGUUUUGCCCAGAUUCAACAAAACAUUUAUCUCAAUACCACUCAAUCUUCAUCGAUAGAAUGAUAAUGUUGAUAAAAGAUAAUUCUAACCCCGGUGAACUAUCUUUCAAGGAAGUUUUGUUCAGAUUCUGCAAGCCACAAAUUAUUUUACCUUUAUUUGCUCAACUUGACUUACAAUUUGUUGAUGAUAUGCCAUUACCACCUUAUUCUGAUGCAAUUACCCAUUUAUUGUCCUCAAUUCUUGUUGCAUCUCCAGAAUGUCAGAUUUCCUUUUACGAAUCUCAUGGAUUUAAGAUCAUUUGUUAUUUGCUGCUUCAAGCAAAUCCUAGCCAUUUGACACCUUCCUUAUAUGAUUCUUUUGUUUCUUUAUUCGAAAAAAUUAAUAAUUUGGAUUUGAAAUCGGUAUUAUUUGAAUCUAUCCUUUCAAAUAUCCUUUUAUGGUCUAGAUCAACACAUAGUACAGCAGUUCUUCCAAGUUUAUUCACGUUUUGCAGCAAAAAUGAAAAAUUAAGUCAGAAAUACAUGAUUUUCCAAGAAAUUACGCUUAAAACUAACAUCCUGUUCUAUUAUACAGCACCAAUCCGUGCCAUUCCUAAGUUCCAAAUCUCAAAAUUAGACCCAGCGAUCAGAUAUAUGAUAGAAAAGUUUUUAUUUGAUACAAAACGUAACAAAUUCACAUCGGAUGAUAUUAAUUUCCUUGUUUCGCAAUGCCUUGUCCUUGAAGAUCGUCAAGUUUUCGCAGAUACUUUAAGAAUGCUUGAAUUAGUGCUUGAAUCAAAUCCGAAACCUUAUCUACCACAAGAUUUAGAAUCAGUUAUGAAUCUCCAUCAGCUCUUUUCCUCAGGAGAUAUGUGCGUUACCAUAGAUUUGAUUGAUUUUAUGAUAAAACUCCAUAAAAUCAAGCCAUUAUACUUCUCAUGUAGUGUCCAUGCCAAUAUAAUAGCAAAUCUACUGCCAGAUUCCUUGAUUUGCCAAAAAUUUCUCAAUAGAUUGAUCGAAAAGUCCGAAAAAGUACAAGAAUACGUUCCAUUGGUAUUCUACAUCGCGUCAAAAGGUUCGUUGAACUAUUCCGGUUUGUUUACAAAACGGCCAAAACCGAUAGAAUCCACAUUUAGCGACUGGGCCUUUUGGCCAUGCGUUUGUGCAGUGAUAAAUGGGAUCACUAAGGCCGGAUCUAUAUUAGAUUACCUUGUUGCGUGUUUUGACAAGCAAGAUUUCCAAAUUUUAUUCAAUACUUUGUCAAUUGUCUGCGAAAUCAUCGGUGUUGACAAGGAACCAUUCCUCAGAUCACUUCUAGAGAAACAGAUUUUCUAUGUUUUGACUCUAAACAACCAAGAAAUCGCUGGAAAAAUCUUUGAUUUCGCAAUUUGCCAAAUUUUCUUCAGAAAAACAUGCAUGUCCUCACAGAUUUCAAGGGUUUUCAGCAGCUCAGACUACGAAUUAUCACAGUACAUGGAUGAUUCUAAGGAUGAAAUAGGAGAAUUCCCUAGUUCAAGAAGAAUUAUCGCUGUAUUAGAGAAAAUUAUCAAAAGAGAAGACAAAUUCGUUUUCGGAAUAUCACUAAACAAAGAUGAAAACUGGGAUGAUAUGAAUAUCCCUGUAAUUUUGAACGAAUUACGCGUAAGUUCGACAUCUCAAAUGAGAUCUCGAGCUUUAGCGAUUUCUUUUGCGUUUGCGAUGCAGACUGAUAUGAAAGAUGCUGCAAAAAGGAUAUUAAUGACCUCAAAAGACAACGGAUUAAUAUCUGAAGACAUUGAUUUGAGUUCUGAUGAAAUUCAGUGCCAGAAACUGAAAGUAUCAACGAAUAAUAGCCUCAAGGAGUUCAUCGAUGAAUACAUGCCGCUUGUUUUGCAGAAUGAAAAAAAUUAUAAACUCGAAUGCCAAAGAUUAUUUGAUUUUAUCAAAUCUAGUAAACAGAUCUUUGAGAGGCACUUCACGAUGUUCGAUUUGAGCCUUGUUGUCCGCGCCAAGAAAGAUAUUGACACUUUGAUCGAAAAUUUCGAGUCGACAACAAACGAAAACAGGAAAUACUGGUACAGAACGUGGAACAUUCUCACAUUCGAUAGAGCUCCAUGGGUCUCAGCUCUCCCUGUAAUAGAAAAACACUACAAAAGAGAUUCGAAUUUGUAUGGUUUACAAAUUCCAUGUAAACUAAAAGUGAACAAAAAAUUCGAUGACCACAAAUUAGCAUCUUUGAAGCGUGAUCUCGGAUCUAAAGACGCCGCUGAACAAAUCUACGAAAACAUGAAUAAAAACAAACUUUCGAAUGGAACGGAAAUUAUUAAGGACGAUUCGAACGAAAAGGAAGAAUACGACACCAACAAAGUGAUAGAAAUCGAAUGCGAGCUGAUAACUGUCAAGAAGAGCAUGAAAAGUCGCUUUUUGUUGUCAUCCGACACAUUAUCGAUUCUAAACCUCGAAAAAACGAUCCACGUUAAGUCGAACCAGGUCAAGCUGAUGUUAUUUAGGCUGAUUCUCCACAAACCACACGGAAUUGAGAUAUUUCUGAAAUCAGGAAAAACAUUUCUUAUCAAUAUCUUCAAGAAUUCCCUCAAUUUCCUCAAAACAGUCUCCAGAGUCGGUAACUGGGGUAAUUGUCUCAUACAAACUAUCCCAAUGGAACAGUUUUUCCAACAACAAAAAGUGACAGAAACUUGGGUGUCCGGCCAACGAUCAAACUUUGCCUAUUUGAUGGCGUUGAACAUCUUUUCAGGCAGAUCAUUCAAUGACCUAUCAAUGUACCCUGUUUUCCCAUGGACAGUCAAAGAUUUCGAAUCCGAAAUCUUAGAUUUACAAAAUUCCUCCAUUUUCAGAGAUUUGUCGAAACCUAUAGGUGCAAUUGGAGAAAAACGGCUUAGUAAUCUCAAAGAACAUGCUGAAAGUCUUGAAGAGAUUGGCAUUGAACCAUAUUUAUAUGCAUCUUGUUUUGUCAGCCCAUUAACUGUCAUUUUGUGGCUGAUUCGGAUUGAACCAUUCACAAGUUUGCAUGUAGACAUACAAGGUGGGAAAUUCGACCAUCCACAUCGAAUAUUCUCAAGUCUAAAAAGUGCUUACCAACAAUCAACAAACAAUGAUAAUGAUUUCAGAGAAUUAAUCCCUGAAUUCUACUUUUCUCCUGAAUUUCUUUUGAAUUCAAACGGUUUUGAUUUCGGAAUUUUGAAUGGGAAACAAAUAAAUGAUGUUGAACUUCCAAAUUGGGCGAAAAACAAUCCUUACAAGUUCGUCUAUCUGCACAGGAAAUGCUUGGAAUCUGAUUACGUUUCUUCGCAUUUAAAUGAUUGGAUUGACUUGAUAUGGGGUUGCAAACAAAAUUCUCCUGAUAAUAAAUAUUUGCCGGGAAUGUAUUCGGACAUUUAUCAGAAAAUUCCUGAAAACGAACCAAGAAAAUUGAAAGAAAUUGAAAAUGUCAAAAAAUUGAUCGGCCAAAUACCCCCUCAAUUAUUUGACAAACCGCAUCCUGUCAAGAAAAAUUACGUCAAUCCAAAAGCUGUCAAAAGUGAAGUGAAGUCACAUAUUGAUGUAAAAAGUGACGUAAUUUUUACAUAUUUUGCCAACAAAGACAUAGGAGUACAAGGAUUCACUGUAUUAAGUGAUGGUUCUAUUUCAAGAAUUCUUUUGAACACUUUUUCAAAAGAUAUUUUGUCAAUUUCGUUGUCAAGCCGUUUCAAAACAGUCGGAAACUGUUUUUCAUUUUGUUUGAAUUCACAACUGUUUUUGAUGGCGAAAGAAGACGGCCACAUCACAAUAAUUGACUGCGGAAUGGAACAAACAACAAUAGAAUUAGAGAGACACAUUGGUUCUGUCAAUUGUUUGAGUGUUGACGGAAAUUACAUGGUUUCUGGCGGAAAUGAUACAGCAAUAAAUGUCUGGAACUUGUCAAAGAACAGAGAGAAAAUUUUGAUUCUUUUCUCGUUACCGACAUUUAGAGCUGAAAUUGUUUCAAUCGAUGUUUGCCAAAGUUUCGGAAUUUGCGCGGCUUUGACAUCAGAUGGAGCUUUGUUUAUUGUUUCGAUUAAUUACGGAGAUGUAAGGAAAAUUGUUGAUUUGGGAAGAAACCCAACAAAAGUAAUAAUCUCCAAAUCUUGGUGUUUCAUCGCUGUUUUCUCUUCAGCUGUAAUUGAAUCAAAAAGUGUUAAUUUUCUAACGGUUUAUUCAAUUAAUGGAGAAAAAUUGAAUGAAAAUGAGUUGAAUUUCGAUGUUUCUUGUGUCUGCACAAUGACUACUCCAAAAGGAUUUGAUUAUUUAAUAAUAUGCGACACAAAUGGAAAUAUUUUCCUUUCUGAAACUUUUUACGCAAAUGUUGAAUUGAUUUUCAGGAAGAAAGUGAAUAACAUCGUAAGUAUUAGUUACCUCAAUGAAAGAGAUUGUAUUUGCUUUGCUACAAAAGAUGGAACUAUUGGAGUAAUUCCUUUCACUAUAGAAAAUAAGCUAUAA